AUGAAAAUUCAAGUAGCUGUUACUUUCCUUCUUUCCUUUGCGUUGGCUCCAGCAUUGGCCUUCACUCCUGGCAAUGCCAAAAUUCAAUCUCAGUCCACCACCUCGUUAGAGAUGUCCACAAAGUCCUAUUGGCCUGUCUACAAUGCUCGUCAACCCGUCAAUGGAAGUCCCCCCGGUUAUGGCUCAGGCUUUGAAUCGGCCGUGAGCUACGACACCGGAUACAAGCAAAGUGCUCGAUUUCGCAAAAAGACAAAACAAUUGGCCACGCUUGGACCUGCUUCGUCGUCCUUUGAAAUGAUUGAAAAGUUGUUUUUGGCAGGUGCUGAUGUCUUUCGCCUCAACUUUUCUCACGGAGAACAUGCCCAAAAGCAAGAAUUGUUGGAUAUCAUUCGAGCAGUGGAAGCGAAGCACGACCAUCCCAUUGGUGUCUUGGGUGAUUUACAAGGACCCAAAUUGCGUGUCGGAACCUUUGCCAAUCCUGAAGGAGAAAUGUUGCAACCUGGACAAACCUUUCGAUUUGACUUGGAUCCCACACCAGGAAACAAUCAACGUGUCAUGUUGCCACAUCCCGAGAUUAUUGAGGCAUCCAAAGUUGGCCAUAACUUGCUGAUUGACGACGGAAAAGUCAAAGUGACCGUCAUUGGAACCGGGCCAGGAUAUUUGGAAUGCGUCGUCGACGUCCCUGGAAAGAUCAAGGACAAGAAGGGGGUUAACACACCCGACUCGGUUCUAGAAAUUUCGGCCUUGACUCCCAAGGAUCGUGCCGAUUUGGAAUUCAUGUUGAACAUGGGGGUUGACUGGGUAGCUUUGUCAUUCGUUCAACGUCCCGAAGAUAUCAUGGAGAUCAACCGUCUCAUCUUGGAACACAUGCCUCAUGCUACCAUUAGACCUAACGUCAUGGCCAAGAUUGAAAAGCCCAGUUGUUUCGAAGGAGACUCGCUUCAACAAAUUGUGAACUUGUGCGACGGAAUCAUGGUGGCCCGUGGAGAUUUGGGUGUCGAAUGUCUACCCGAGGAUGUCCCCAUUCUGCAAAAGAUGAUUGUCGAUGAAUGUCGUGCACAGGGAAAGCCUGUAGUGGUUGCCACGCAGAUGUUGGAAUCCAUGAUCGAAUCUCCAACUCCUACCCGAGCCGAAGCCAGUGAUGUCGCCACUGCCAUUUACGAUGGUGCUGAUGCGAUUAUGUUGAGUGCUGAGAGUGCAGCUGGAUCGUUCCCGGAAGAGUCUGUCUUCAUGCAACAGCGAAUUAUCAACCGUGUCGAAUCCGAUCCCCAUUACAAAAAAUACUUGCAAGCGUUUGAUCCAGAAAAUGACGGAACUGCCGCAGCCGCCAUUAUCUUGGCCGCCAAACAAAUUGCCCGCACCGUCAAUGCCAAGUGCAUUGUGACCUUUACCGUCGGUGGAUCCACAGCCAAACGGGCUUCCAAAAAGAGACCCGAUGUUCCAAUCAUGGCUGUUUGCCCCUUGAAGGAGUCUGCCCGGCAGUUGGUUUUGUCGUGGGGUGUCUAUCCUGAAUUCAGUGAUGCUGCCUCGAUUGAUACGGACAACUUCCGAUCCAUGCUUGCGGAUGCCUGCAAGAUGGCCAUUAAGAAAGGUCUUGUUGACAGUCCAAGUGACUUGUUGGUCGUAACGGCUGGGUUUCCAUUUGGAACCCCAGGAGCUGCCAACAUUGUACGUGUCGUUCCUGCUGCAGGUCCUACAGUUUGGGACUCUGAUCUAUAA